AUGGCUCUUAGCAGGAAACUGGUGGAUUACCUUCUCCAGACUGAGAGUUACUACAGCACAGAAAACGUGCUCGUGGACAGAUUCUCAUGUCCGAUGGCGGACAGUGACACCACAGCUCUGUUCUGCUGCGGCUUCAGUGACCUCAAGUACUGCUGUGAUGACCCCAACAGCUUCUUCCCCUACAAGUAUGGAUACAUGUGGGGGCUGAGUCUUGGGGCUCUGCUGGGUCUCUCUGUAGCAGCUCUGGUUCUUCUGGCGUUCAUCAUCACUCUGUGUGUCCUCUGUUAUCUCUUCAUCACCACCAAACCCAGAGGGCUGGACGAUGGUCUUUCACUGCGAGCAGCAGCAGGUUCCACGUCGAGUCCACAAGGACCAGAACCGAGUCAGAGCGGUGCACCCACGGGCCGUGGAGGGUCCUGCACGGACACUCUGACUGGCCUGGAUUACUCUGUGGUGUAG